UUCGUGCGCCUUUACGCACGGCGGCAGUACCCUAGCGUCUCCUCGCGUGAGGAGCAGGCAGUAGGUCGCUCUCUCAGGACUCUGCUGUUCCGCACCAUGGAGUUCGCGUGGCUGCUGCUCUUCGUCGCCCUCGGUGGGCUCCGGGGGGCCCGCGGUCUGCAGGAGGUUGACGUGUUCCCCUCCCGUGGUGGAGAUAUCCGUGACUUCACCGUCGCCGCACGCUGGGUGUACGUCGUCACCGGCGACUACCUGUACCAGCUCAACCACAGCCUGGGGCUGCUUCACAGUCUGACACAGAGAGGAGAAUACAUGGCGUCCUCGAUUCGGUUUAACAGGGCUUCGGAAGGGGGCACGUCCACUUUUAGCGUCAAUACCUUGGCGCCACUUGUGGAGCGCAACCUGUUGUUCACCUGUGGUGCGCUGAACUCCGGCUAUUGUGAGACGCUGAACUUGACGGACAUAACUCAGAUAAUAAGCGGGGAGGAUUUUGAAUUGAGUCCUUUUGUGCCAAAAGGCAUCUCCGUGGGUUUUGUGGUUGACGUGAAUGGAAAGUCUUACAUUUUAGCUGCUGCUGAAGGAAUGAACGAGACAAGGUUUGGGGACUAUCCAAAAAAAUCGCGAAUUCGUCUUCAUAACACGCAUGAUGGUCAGGUUGGAAAACUGCUCUCGGUCAUAGACGAUAGGGAUAGCCCCGAAAUCGUUGCGCAUGCUCAUGGUGUCCAGUUUGUGGAUGGCUUUCAAAUCAAAUCAACGAUUUUUAUUUUUUCAAACUUAAAUUACGACGCCCCUAAAGUUCGUCUACUUUGGUUUGCGAGCAAAACAAGCAAAACCGAAACGUUAAGGUCCCUGCGAGGUGCGACACUCGUCUGCUGUGAAGGUGGCAAAGCGCGCCAGAGACUCGUUUCUUCCUCGGUGAUUCCCGGGGACCAACCGGUCCUCUGGGCAGGGAUAUUUACCGACCAUGACGUCACUAUCACGGAGCUCGCCGUAUAUGACGUCAGUCCGCCAACUGAGGCAGUGACCUACACGGACCCAGACUUCGGCUUCAAACAAGAACCUUGGAAGGGUGACGUGCCCAUCACGCUGAGGCCAAGGUGCGUGCUGCUGAGGCAUCGUUUCAUGACGUCGGUGCUCGCGGUCAAGCUGAACAACUGGCUGAUCGUCUUCAUCGGCACUGGAGACGGUCAACUGCUGAAGCUGACGGUGGACGCCAAGCUCCAGGCCCAGUGUCUCAGCGUCAUCUGGAAGGCCCCCGACGACCGCCGCGUCUUUCCCAAGAUGCACCUGGACCCCGUGGGCCGCAAGCACGUCUUUGUGGCGGUUAGGGACAAGUUGAUGCGUGUUCCAGUGUCUCAGUGUGUCCAACACAGCAGUCUGGAGUCCUGCUGGAACGCCCGCGACCCGUACUGCGGCUGGUGUGGAGCUCUGACACGAUGCAGCUUUGAGGACGAGUGUCCAUCUUCUCUGUGGCUGUCCGUCCCAGAUGACCUCAGACAGCGGCGGAUGCUCUCCCACAGCUUCCAGGAAGACGCAGAAGGAAAGAUCAGGCUGGCGGUCUUCACCCACCUGAAGAGAGGUGGAGCUCCUGCUAACUUCUCCUGCCGAUUCGACUCAAGCGUUGGAGUACUAGGAGGACUAGGGCAUCGAUACCCAGAAUGCACCUGCCUGCUGCCUCCUGUGAUUGCAGGCCUGCGUGUGAGCGUCACCGUGAGCCUGGGGGAAGUGGAUGUGACUGAAGAACUGAACCUCCUCAACUGCUCUGGGAUCACCGGAGCUCCCACUCCCCUACUGUGUAGCCAGUGCCUCGCUGCCGGGUGUGGGUGGAGCAACGGGGCCUGUACGUGGACACGCAGCGGAGCUCUGAAUAUGAACGUCUGCUUCGCUCUUCAGACCGGAGUGAACUCAUUGCCAGAGAUAUUCAGCAUUACACCGAGUGAGCUGUCCUUCUACGGUAAAAACAACGCAGUCCUGACGGGACGGAACCUGGGUCACGUGAUCGGAGUUCGGCUUCAAGGAGACCUGGACUGCAGUGCGAAAGAGGCUUCGGUGAGGCUCAAUACGGGGGCCAGCCUGACCUUCCACAUCCCCGCCGGAGACAAGGGCCGGGUCGAGGUCUGCCUCCUCCUGCGCGACGGCGGUUGCCACGGCAACGCGUCGCUCACCUACCUGUCGGCGCCGGUCUGCGCCUCCAUCGCGCCGGACAGCACCUGGGCCAGUGGGAAGAGGAAGAUGAAUAUCUCAGGAUCCAACCUGGAGUUUGUUGAGGAGGUCACCCACAGUCACACGAAUCAGAAGGUCACCUUCUGGAAGACAGACGACGGUGGGUCUCUGAAGUUCGAGAGCCUGGCGACAGACCGCGUCCCCUUCAGCAGCUCUGUGACCCUGAGGGUAGCCAAUCACACGCUGGCCUGCCCCACCGCCAUCCGCUACCUGCCAGACCCCCAGUUCAGCGCCUUCCAUGCCACACCUGCCCCGGACCACCUGCUGCUCACCAUAAUACUGAAAAGGGCAGAGGAGCUCCAGAUGGCUGCGGUAGAUCUUCAGGUACAGGGCGUCCAGGGCGGUGAAGACCUCGACUGUGAUAUCAGAGAAAUCGACCACCGCAAAGGCACCGACUUCAUCAUCUGCGUCAUUCAGAGCUCCUCCGAUGCGGAGAUAACAGCAGUGAAGAUAACGUAUGGAGUCAAGACUGUCCUCCUGGAGCCCCCCUGGUCCUUCAUGGUGUUUCUUAUUCGAUUAAUUAUCGUGAUUUUGGUCGGUCUUACUAUGUGGGGGUGUAUCUACUACUACCGGCCGAGGCUUGCCGCGCAGUUGAACAUGAGCACCGGAGACCUGGAGAUGUACGUCUGGGCAGAUAUCCGCCAAGGUUGUGCAAACAGGCAGACCCCUCGUAUGUUGAGGGCCAAGAAACGGAAGAUGCAACGUCGGCAGCAAGAGGCCCGGCUCGCUUGGUAUCACAGUGAAGUGGAGCCUGGCGGAGCCAAGCCGCCCCUUGAGUCAGCCCGCAGCAGCCAAGAGCUACCGAGAGCUGGUCCGGACCCUCCGAGGAGCUACCAGCGCAGCCCAGAUGUCCCGCCCAAACCACCCCCUCCCAGAAAGCCCUGCAACUAGAGCUGGGCGUUUAGCGAUUUUUUUGUAUCGUAAUUCGAAAAAAUGGUUCAGGACGAUUUUUUUUAAGAAAAUCGAUUAUUAAAGAAAUACAUCUAGAAGUAAAAAAAAAAAAAAGGUUAGUUAUCAAGGCAGUCGUCAUGGCAGCAUGCACUUUCAAAAGUGAGUGUUUAGAGUUUGCUUAAAGUCUGUGGCAGCUGGGGCACACAGCAGAGGGGGGGGGGGAUGUUUGUUAUUUAUUUUGCUUUUGAUAAUCAGUUAUUCUUCAAAUAAAUCGAAACCUAAAAAAUGUACAUAUUUGUCAUUUAUCGAAAAAUAUCUAUUAAAAUCGAUGAUCAGGUUUGGUUUGAAAAAAA